AUGGGUUCCUUCACUCAGCUACUUCCACUGCUCAUCCUGCUCGUCGUGGUCGGCGUCGGGGCGUGGGUGGGACUACAAAUCUACCUCUACACAAAUGAGCUGGCCGACAGAGGCAAGAAGAAGAUGGAGAAGAAGAACAUUGUCUUCACCAAGGACGGCAUGAAGGUUGGCGUCAAGGAGGUCAAGGACGAAGACUACGCCGACAAGACGCAGAGCCUGCUGGUGAAGGCGUGGUCGUACACAUCGUUUCCGGCGUACAAGAGCCGCCUCGGCUGGAUGAAAGAAGCGGACCCUCCCAAGUCGUCAUCGCGGGCGAGCUCGAGCGGUGUCAAGGCGCGUAAAUGA